AUGACUCUCUACGUAGCUUCUCUUUUCCUACCAUACACGAUAGACUUUGAGGCUGCCGGCAUUUGGCGUGGCCAAGGUGACUUCGAUGGCUCCAACCCCCCGCCCCAUGAGGUGGAAGGACGUCUAGCAGAGCUUCACGAAGAAGCACUGCGAAAAGGGCCGUCAAUGGCCCCAGGUGCAACGACAGAGUAUGAGAGGAUUUUCAAACCACCCCAUGCUUUGAAAUCAGCAGCAGAUGAACCUAGGGGUCCAUCGUCUACUGAGACUCCAGUGGAGUCGUGGGGUUCCCGUCCAAAAUUCAAACAGCCCAUGUCAAAAGCGACAAAUCCCCCAGACUCGUCAAUUCUCAGUCGCCCUGGUUCUACUGAGCCGUCUGUAGAUCGAAAGGCUGAUGAUCUUGACUCAGAUGAACCAAUCACGCCGCAAGCGUUGCUAUCUGAUGCUAAAUGGAUCGUCAAGUCAGCUGUACAGGGAAAUGGUGGACUUCGCAACGCGAUUGACGCUGCCGCCAGAGCCGGUAUCGUGAAAGACAAGGCUUGGGUAGGAACUCUGGGUAUGCCGACGGACUCUCUCGAGGAACACACACGAAACAACAUUGCUUUGCAGUUGAAAGAAGAGUUUGACUCUCUUGUGGUCUUCGUGGGAGAUAGUGAGUUUGAAGGACAUUACUUUCAUUUUUGUCGGAAUGUCCUCUAUCCAGCUUUUCACUACCAAAUGCAAGAAAGUCCUCGCCACAAAGAAUACGAAGAUCAUUCAUGGAAACAGUACGUCAAACUCAACGAGAUGUUUGCGGAAACAAUUGCGGCUCAGUGGAAACCGGGCGAUCGCAUAUGGGUUCACGAUUAUCAUCUCAUGUUACUUCCUCGGAUGCUGAGGGAUAAGCUACCUGGUGCUGAAAUUGGAUUUUUUAUGCACACUGCAUUUCCAUCCUCCGAGAUCUUCCGGUGUCUGUCAGCAAGGAAGACGUUAUUGGAGGGGAUGCUUGGAGCGAAUAUUAUUGGUCUACAAACCGCAGAAUAUGUAUAUCACUUUCUGCAUACUUGUAGCCGGAUCUUGCGGUUGGAGGUUUCUGCGGAUGGCGUUUAUCUGCCCGACCGACUGCUACCCGUCAAGGCUUUCCCAAUGGGUAUCGAUCUGGAUCUUAUGAACCACCAGAGACAGUUACCUGAAGUGAAAGAGUGGGUGUCAAAGAUUAGUGAGAGAUACCAAGGGAAACAUUUGAUUGUUGGGAGAGAUCGACUGGACGCAGCCGGUGGUGUCAAACAAAAACUUCUUUCUUAUGAAAAGUUUUUAAAGAGGUAUCCGGAAUGGCGAGAUAACGUCGUACUGGUCCAAGUUGCAUCGUCAUCUGCACUGGAUUUGACGGAUCUCGAGACACAAAUAACCAAGAUUGCGAUGAGAAUAAACUCCAAGUACUCGACACUGACCCACCAACCGCUGGUCCUACUAAAGCAAGACAUCACCUUCGCGCAGUUCCUUGCCUUGAUGUCUGUUGCCGAAAUAUUCAUAAUCACCAGCCUCCGUGAAGGGAUGAAUCUUUCAGGACACGAUUUUGUUGUUUGUCAAGACGGAACUUCGGGCGGGCCGCAAAGGUAUGGAUCACUCAUCCUGAGUGAGUUCACAGGAAGUGCCUCUAUCUGGAGUGGUUAUGAGCUACUUGUCAAUCCAUGGGACUAUGUGCAAUGUGCGGAUACCAUCAAUCGUGCUCUAUGCAUGUCAGCCGAAGAUAAGGAGAAGAAUUGGCAUUUUCUAGCGAGCCGGAUGGCGAAACACACUGCUUCCAUGUGGUGUGAUACAUAUCUCAAAUCACUUCGUCAAGCUUACGAAAUACAGGCAUCUCGGGAGUUACACACUAUUUCAUCACUAUCCAUGGAUACUGUACGAGAAAAGUACAACCAAUCGUGCAGCAGAGUGUUUAUCCUAGCAGAUCAGACUAUCUUUCCAUCGCUUAGGAAACGUGAAGAGGUCUCGACCGGUGGGAAUCAGGAGGUUCUUUCAAUGAUAGCAGCGCUUUCGUCCGAUCCAAAGAAUACUCUCUAUGUUACGAGUUCACGAACACCCCAACAACUUGAGCUAUCCCUAGCUGACUCCCCGCACAUUGGGCUCAUUGCUGAAAACGGUGCUUUCCUGCGCGAGCCUGGGCAAUCUAAAUGGCAGCAGCUACUCGACGAAACGAACACUCGAGACUGGCGCCGUGGUAUUCAAAAAGUGAUGGAAUACUUUCAAGAACGCACCGAAGGUGCUACAAUCGAAGAACGACACUUCUCAAUUACAUUCAACUACAAAGCUGCCGUCGAUAAGGAGCUUGCGAUCCGCCAAGCUGCUGAAUUGAACGAUCAAAUCAACAGUGCACGCGGGAACGUCCCUAUUCGAGCCGUUCUGACAGAUGGCGCAGUAACUGUUGAGCCUACAAACGUGACAAAAGCCACUACCGCGGAAUUGGCUCUGCAACGAAUCAGUAGUCAGCCAAAUCAUGCCACGCCUGAUUUCCUGUUCAUUGCAGGAAACUCUCGCAGCGACGAGGCUCUGUUCAAAUGGGCAAAUCGCAUUGAGCGAGAAGGAAGGUUUCAGAAUGUCAUUAGCGUCACGAUGGGGACACAGGCAAUUACGGCAGCGGCGACGGUUCUAGAUGAUAGCGAGACAUUGAUCAAUGUGUUGGCUAGUUUGGUGGUCUAG